GACAUGGCGGCGGUCGGAGAUGCGCCCGACUAUGAAGCGGCAGAGCUGUACACCCGCGUCUUCCGCGUGGGCGCCCUCGGCCGCGGCUGGCGGCAGCAGCUGGGGCCGCCCGACCUCUCUCUGGCAACGGACGCGGCGGGCGAGUCGGACGCGGCCGUAGCAACGGAGCUGGGAUGCGCGGCGGAGACGGCGGUCGAGCUGCGAGCCUUGUGCAGCAUUGAUACAUUAAUGUCUGCUGAUAAAGAAGAGGACCCUGAUGUUAUUCCUGAAGAUAGCAGUCUACUAACUCUUCGGAUUAGAAAGAAGGCAUUAGAGAGAAGAGAAGAAACAGUUAUUGUGGAUCGGGCUUGCAGACAAGAAACUCUUGCCUAUGAGAUGGAGUCACAUGCAGUUGGAAAGAGGCCAGACAACCCAACAGAUCUAGUUGAGGAGGGAGAACUUCUUUUAACUCUGAACAUCUUUUAUCCUGUCAUAUUUCAGAAGCAUAAAGAUCACAAACCCUGUCAGACGGUCCUUGUACUGGGCAGCCAGAAGCUCACUGAGCUGAGAGACUCGAUUUCUUGUGUCAGUGACCUCCAGAUAGGUGGUGAGUUCAGCAGUCAGCCAGAUCAAGCACCAGAACACAUCAGCAAGGAUCUGUACAAAUCUGCUUUCUUUUAUUUUGAAGGCAUCUUUUAUAACGAUAAAAGAUACCCAGAGUGCAGAGAUCUGAGCAGAACCAUUAUUCAGUGGUCAGUAUCUCAUGACAGAGGCUAUGGAAAUCUGCGGUGUGCUAAAAUGGAGGAUUACACAUUUAAUGAUUUGUCCCUCAAAAUUGGCUUUCCGUACCUUUUCUGCCACCAAGGGAACUGUGAGCACAUCAUCAUCGUUACAGAUAUAAGGCUCAUUCAUUAUGAUGACUGCCUGGACAGGAACCUCUAUCCCUUGCUAAUCAAGAAACACUGGUUAUGUACCAGAAAAUGCUUCGUGUGCAAAAUGUAUACAGCCAGGUGGGUAACCAACAAGGACAGUCUGGCACCAGAGGAUCCUUGUUUCUUCUGCGAUGUUUGUUUUCGCAUGCUCCAUUAUGAUGUGGAAGGCAAUAAACUGGGGGAGUUUCUUGCAUAUCCUUAUGUUGAUCCUGGGAUUUUCAACUGAAACAACACGAGCCAGAAAGAAUCCAGCGAACCUCAUCAGUGGGUCUGUUGCUCUGACCGUUAAAACCACCAGACAGAUAGAGUUCUGAGCUUGCUGUUGGGUUCUGGGUUAGGCUUUUAAUCCUCCCCUGCGGUGGAUGGAGCCCUUUGCACUUGAAGUCUUUCCAGUGUGCUUUUCUAACUUUAUUUUAAUCAGCGACAUUUCUUAACAGACUCUGACAAUACAGUAAUUUGGAGACUGUGGACUUCAAAAAUACAGAUGUUUAAGGAGAGAAUACCUUGGAAAAACAGCUGUGAUUUUUGAGAAGUUUUAUCUUUGCGCAUCUUACCUUGAAAAGUCAGGCAGUUGUUAUCUCUGAACGCUAUUUGUGCGGACAGCAGCCAAGAGUGCUUGUUAAUGGCUGAGGUCUGCCCUCCACGAGGAGGUGCUGGUAUCUAUGAGCUGCUGAUGCCCUUGAGUUCUGAAUCUGAGGGCUGAUUCCAUGAAGAGUAAGCUACAUUCCACUGAUUACUGAAUUGUGGCCUGUCUUUCAAAUAACAUUGUCAACUGUUUACAGUAUGUGCAGUUUUAACCAUCCAUAAAGUGUUCAUUGUGUGCUUUUUCCACUGUCAAGUAUUGCUGUUUUUUAUUAAAACGUGACCACUUUAUACUUGCUAGUCUGAUGUUAAGUGGAAACUCUACUUGCUGAGAUGGAGUAUACUUUGUCUAGUACCUUGCUUUCUAAAGUCAUAUGGAGUCAGAGGAUUUUACCAGAGAUCUUUGUUCUUUGGGAAAGCCAGUAGCACUAAUGCAUUGACUUAAGAACUAGCUGAAUGCUUCAGCUAGUUCUUAAGAAAAAAUACAGUUCUGUUUGGUGUAAAAGAUGUCUGACUGACAACUUCCGACAGAAAUGUAUUUUGAAAACCAAAUUCUAUUCAGGUCCUGUGGCAGCAGAUUCUGAGAGUGCUUACUUUAUCAUCUUAGCUGUCUUGAAACAGAAGUGUUGCAAGUGUUUGCAGGACUCCAUUGAUCGCUCAUGUAUCUGACUGCUUUUCAGUGGUGUAUUAGGUCACGUGAACAUAAAUCUAUGCCCUUUUUUUUAGGACAGCAAUAAAAAAAUUGGGUUUUGUGGUUUUUUUUGUUUUGUCUAACAAGUCAGCCAGUUGUUGGCCUGGGUAUUUUGAAACCAGAGUCAUGAACCAGGCACUUUUAACAGCAGAUGGUGACAGUUUUCGUAUCCUUCAGGA